AUGCAUUACUCCCCCUGCACGCAUCACUCCAUCCCUGCACGCAUCACUCCAUCCCUGCACGCAUCACUCCCCCUGCACGCGUCACCCCCCUGCACGCGUCACUCCCCCUGCACGCGUCACUCCCCCUGCACGCGUCACUCCCCCCCGCGUCACUCCAUCCCUGCACGCAUCACUCCAUCCCUGCCCGCAUCACUCCCCCUGCCCGCGUCACUCCCCCCCUGCACACGUCACUCCCCCUGCCCGCGUCACUCCCCCCCUGCACGCGUCACUCCCCCUGCCCGCGUCACUCCAUCCCUGCACGCAUCACUCCAUCCCUGCCCGCAUCACUCCCCCUGCCCGCGUCACUCCCCCUGCACGCGUCACUCCAUCCCUGCCCGCAUCACUCCCCCCUGCCCGCGUCACUCCCCCUGCACGCGUCACUCCCCCCUGCCCGCGUCACUCCCCCCCUGCACGCGUCACUCCCCCCUGCACGCGUCACUCCCCCUGCCCGCGUCACUCCAUCCCUGCACGCAUCACUCCCCCUGCCCGCGUCACUCCCCCCUGCCCGCAUCACUCCAUCCCUGCACGCAUCACUCCCCCCUGCCCGCGUCACUCCCCCCCUGCACGCGUCACUCCCCCUGCCCGCGUCACUCCAUCCCUGCACGCAUCACUCCCCCUGCCCGCGUCACUCCCCCUGCACGCGUCACUCCCCCCUGCCCGCGUCACUCCAUCCCUGCACGCAUCACUCCCCCCUGCCCGCGUCACUCCCCCCCUGCACGCGUCACUCCCCCCUGCCCGCAUCACUCCAUCCCUGCACGCAUCACUCCAUCCCUGCCCGCAUCACUCCCCCUGCCCGCGUCACUCCCCCUGCACGCGUCACUCCCCCUGCCCGCGUCACUCCCCCCUGCACGCGUCACUCCCCUGCCCGCGUCACUCCAUCCCUGCACGCGUCACUCCCCCUGCCCGCGUCACUCCAUCCCUGCACGCAUCACUCCCCCCUGCACGCAUCACUCCAUCCCUGCACGCAUCACUCCCCCUGCACGCAUCACUCCAUCCCUGCACGCGUCACUCCCCCCUGCCCGCGUCACUCCAUCCCUGCACGCGUCACUCCCCCCUGCCCGCGUCACUCCAUCCCUGCACGCAUCACUCCAUCCCUGCACGCGUCACUCCCCCCCUGCACGCGUCACUCCCCCUGCCCGCGUCACUCCAUCCCUGCACGCAUCACUCCAUCCCUGCCCGCGUCACUCCCCCUGCCCGCGUCACUCCCCCUGCCCGCAUCACUCCAUCUCUGCACGCAUCACUCCCCCUGCCCGCGUCACUCCCCCUGCCCGCGUCACUCCCCCUGCCCGCGUCACUCCCCCCUGCCCGCGUCACUCCAUCCCUGCCCGCAUCACUCCAUCCCUGCCCGCGUCACUCCCCCUGCCCGCGUCACUCCAUCCCUGCCCGCAUCACUCCAUCCCUGCCCGCGUCACUCCAUCCCUGCCCGCAUCACUCCAUCCCUGCCCGCAUCACUCCAUCCCUGCCCGCGUCACUCCAUCCCUGCCCGCGUCACUCCCCCUGCCCGCGUCACUCCCCUGCCCGCAUCACUCCAUCCCUGCCCGCGUCACUCCCCCCUGCCCGCGUCACUCCCCCUGCCCGCGUCACUCCCCCUGCCCGCAUCACUCCAUCUCUGCACGCAUCACUCCCCCUGCCCGCAUCACUCCCCCUGCCCGCAUCACUCCAUCCCUGCACGCAUCACUCCCCCUGCCCGCAUCACUCCCCCUGCCCGCAUCACUCCAUCCCUGCACGCAUCACUCCCCCUGCCCGCAUCACUCCCCCUGCCCGCAUCACUCCCCCCCUGCCCGCAUCACUCCCCCCUGCCCGCAUCACCAUCUCUGCACGCAUCACUCCCCCUGCCCGCAUCACUCCCCCUGCCCGCAUCACUCCCCCUGUCCGCAUCACUCCCCCUGCACGCAUCACUCCCCCGCACGCAUCACUCCCCCACCUGCCCGCAUCACUCCCCCUGCCCGCAUCACUCCCCCUGCCCGCAUCACUCCAUCCCUGCACGUAUCACUCCCCCCCUGCACGCAUCACUCCCCCUGCCCGCAUCACUCCAUCCCUGCAUGCAUCACUCCCCCUGCACGCAUCACUCCCCCUGCCCGCAUCACUCCAUCUCUGCACGCAUCACUCCCCCUGCCCGCGUCACUCCCCCUGCACGCGUCACCCCCUGCCCGCGUCACUCCCCCUGCACGCGUCACCCCCUGCACGCGUCACUCCCCCUGCACGCGUCACUCCCCCUGCACGCGUCACUCCCCCUGCACGCGUCACUCCCCCUGCACGCGUCACUCCCCCCGCACGCGUGACUCCCCCGCACGCGUCACUCCCCUGCACGCGUCACUCCCCCUGCACGCGUCACUCCCCCUGCACGCGUGA